AAAAUGGUUCGAGCAUCCCAAACACCACGGAGGACCCAAAAAAAAAAAAGAAUGAGCCAAGAGACAGCGAUAGAGAGCUUCAAGAAAUUUCAACACUCAUGGGUAGAGCAGCUACAACACCACCUCAACCACCUACGCUCCGUCCAAAACCACCACCGUAACUCUGCGUCCGGUGACGAGGAACGGCUGAGAGAGGCUGUGGAGAGAGUGAUGGGACUUUGUAGAGAGUACCACAGGGCGAAGUUGGCCACGACGGACAAAGAUGUGAUCGGAGUUAUGACUGCUCCUUGGUCUUCGGCUCUUGAACGGUCACUCCAUUGGGUUGGUGAUUGGCGACCAACCACCUUGUUUCAUCUGGUUUACACCGAGUCUAGUAUUUUGUUCGAGUCUCGUAUCGUUGAUAUUCUCCGGGGGUUUCGUACCGGUGAUCUCAGUGAUCUAUCUCCUUCUCAGUUCAGGUUUAAAUUUGUCAAAGGCAGGACGGUGAGUGAGCUACAAUGUGAGACCGUGAAGGAAGAGAAUGCAAUAACGGAAGAGUUAUCGGAGUGGCAAGACGACGCGAGCGAUCUCGUCAUGGGAACGGUGUCCGAUCUCGACCAGAGGAAAGAACGGCUAGCAGAGAUAGUUCAUCGAGCAGAUGAUCUGCGACUAAGAACGAUCACAGGUGUGGUGGAGCUCCUUAGUCCGCUGCAACAAGCAGAGUUUCUUAUAGCUGCCGUUGAGCUUCGUACCGGCGUUUCUGGUUGGGGGAGUAGCCACGACCGUCGUCGAAGUUCCAACGUGUAAUGCGGUUUA